AUGAAGUGUGUUAUUGCGGGGGCUCAUCUCAGAGUGUUUGGAAGAGCGAUACAUGCCAUAGCACGUAUUAGUGAUGAAUUUUGGUUUGACCCUGUAGAAAAAGGUCUUGCCUUAAGAUCAGUGAAUUCUUCAAGGUCAGCAUAUGCAUAUGUCUUCUUCUCAUCUAUGUUUUUUCAACGUUACUGCUGGACGGCUGUGUCUCAAUCAUGUCAGAAGGAAAAACAGUUAUCCCCCCCAUGUAAAUUGAUAAUUAAGUCAGUUCUUCCUGUAUUUAGGUGUGUAAAUGUGCUGGAAAGGAAUGUAGAGAAAUGCAGCAUUUAUACAAAUAAUAACGAUCAUCACAUAACUUUUCAGCUCCUCUGCAAACAUGGUGUGGUAAAAACAUACAAUCUGACCUUUCAAGAAUGUGAUCCGUUGCAGGCUGUUUUUGCAAAGCACAUGUGUCCAAACAUACUUAAAGUUCACUCCAGGCUGCUGGCUGAUAUAAUGAUUCACUUUCCAACCAGUCAAGAAGAAGUAACCUUAUCAGUUACUCCGAUGAAAGUUUGUUUCAAGAGUUACACUGAGGAAGACACUGAUUUUUCAAAGACAAUGCUUACUGAAAUACAAAUAAAUCCAGAUGAAUUUGACUACUUUCAAGUUGGAGUGGAUUCUGAAGUGACGUUUUGCCUUAAAGAAUUGAGGGGUCUACUGGCAUUUUCAGAAGCUACCAGUGUUCCUGUCUCGAUCCAUUUUGACAUACCUGGAAAACCAAUUGCCUUCAGCGUUGAAGAUAUGGUGCUGGAAUCCUGCUUUAUUUUGGCUACCUUGUGUGACAUUGAAAAGGAGACGGGGUCCCCGCAGCCUCCCUGCUUGUCACAGCGGCAGGAAAGUUCAAAGAUGCGUACAGGUAAAUCUGAACAAACCGUGGGUAAAGAUAGCAGUGCAGAAGCAGUUUCUUCCAAAAAGCCACAGUGGAAUGGAAACACACCGAACACAGAGUCAGCAAAACCCACGCGUCCUUUGGCAAAACAAAAGAUUACAAGUACUCCCAGGGACAGAGAGAGAGAGACAGCGGGCAUAGAAGGAACAGCCCUGACUGAGGCAGAGGGCCACGCAAUGCUGGAAGGAGAGGCAACAGGGUCUCAUUUGCAAAAGUUUCACUCCUUAUUUUUCGGAGCAGUUUCUUGUACGGAGAAGGAUGCCGUCCAUCACACCUUCUGUAGUUUAGCAACAGCUAGUGACACCGAAGAGGAUUUUGGCAGUGCGCAGAGCUCCCAAGUUCUCUAG